CAGAGAGAGGGGGAAAUUAGAGCAGAGCCACCAACCAGCGUCGGCUCCUUCUCCUUCUCCUUUAAAAGGUACCAACUUUACCACAAAGCCGAAGACGAAAGAGACGAUGGCGAAUGACCCGAAGGAAUCGCCAUCGCAUUCGCGUGCGCAGUCCGCACGCAUCUGCGAUCGGGUCCCGCAACUCCUCUCCUCCUUCGUCGACACCUUCGUUGACUUCUCCGUCAGCGGCGGCCUCUUCUUGCCGCCGCAGGACCCUAGCCACCAGCCGCCGCCGCCGCUGCAGACGCUCCACUCCGCUCCCGACCGCGUCGUCGCCAUCGGCGACCUCCACGGCGACCUCCCCAAGUCCAAGCAGGCCCUCGCCCUCGCCGGCCUCAUCGACGCCGAGGGUAGAUGGACCGGCGGCUCCUCCACCGUCGUCCAGGUCGGCGACGUCCUCGACCGCGGCGGCGACGAGCUCAAGAUCCUGUACUUCCUCGAGAAAUUGAAGCGGGAAGCGGCCAGGUCUGGAGGUAAGGUUAUCACUAUGAAUGGCAAUCAUGAGAUUAUGAAUGUGGACUGCGACUUUAGGUAUGUGACCGAGCAGGGAUUAGAGGAAUUUAGGGCUUGGGCUGAUUGGUUUAGGACUGGGAUUGCUAUGAAGGGGCUGUGUAAGGCGUUGGAGAAGGAGAAGGAUCCUCUCGAUGGGAUUCCAGUAGCCUUUCCUGGCAUCAAGCAGGAAUUUCUCGAUGGUUUUAGAGCUAGAAUCGCUGCACUGCAGCCGAACGGGCCGAUUUCAAGUCGUUUCUUGUCACAAAAUUUGACCGUGGUGGUUGUUGGUGAAUCUGUUUUCGUUCAUGGAGGGAUCUUGGCGGAGCAUGCGAGUUACGGAUUGCAGAGGGUCAACGACGAGGUGAGGGAUUGGAUUAAUGGCCUAAAGGGGAGAUUAUCGCCACAUUACAUGAGAGGGCGGAAUUCUUUAGUUUGGUUGAGGAAAUUCUCGGAUGAGAAUGCAAAGAAUUGUGAUUGUUCUGCCCUUGAGCAUGCUUUAGCCACGAUUCCCGGUGCGAAGAGGAUGAUCAUGGGGCAUACUAUCCAGGAGUCUGGGAUCAAUGGGGCUUGUAACGACAGGGCGAUUAGGAUUGAUGUUGGCCUGUCGAAAGGAUGUGGUAAUGGUUUGCCUGAAGUUUUGGAGAUAACUGGGAAUUCGGAGUUGAGGAUCUUGACAUCCAACCCUCUUUACCAGAAUAAGCACAGGUCUCACUUAGGUGAUGAUAGGAAGAGUGGGCUGGGAUUGUUGCUCCAAGAAGGGGGACCGAGGCAAGUGGAUGUGAAGUCCUAAAUGUCCCAAAGGCCAGUCUCUCUGAAUUGACUAGUUUUAUUGGAUUUGUUUCAGAGGUGAUCUCUUGACGAUGUUGGGUCAUAUGGUACAGUAUUCAAUUUUAGACGGUCAUUCACCUUGUAUACCAUUAAGAAUAAUUGAACUUAUUGGUGAGAGCUUUCCACAUGAUGUUCAGAUUGUAGCUGGAAAGAGUAGACUAAUUACUUUUAGAUGCAGACUUUGAAAUCUGUAAACCAUUGAUUAUGAAUAGGGUACAAUCAAGUAUACAGGCAUUCUCAGGACGUCAAAAUUUUACUUUGUGCUGUGAAGUUGAUUUUUCCCUUUCCCCUUAUCUUCUCUUUAUUUCAUGUCAAAUGUUGCUGCGGAACUGCAGAAAGUUGCAGCCCAGAUUCAAACAUGCGUGCUUGUAUUUCAUGGAAGUUGAUUGGCAUAUGUCAGUUGUCUUGAGUUGAUCAGUA